UUCUACAUGAUCUCUUAGACUUCAUCUGCUUCAUCACUUUCUGAGCUCCUCCAUCGAUGGCGGAUAAUCAUCCCGAGGAUGAGCCUUCUCUCUCAGUCGUCAUCCAGAAUACUUCAUCAGUGAAACAAGAUGAACUUUUCCAUUGUCACAAAAUGAGCCCUGGGAGUUGCUUUCUCCUCCCUCACGGCACUCGUGUAUACAACAAGUUGAUUGAAUUCAUUAAGAAAGAAUAUUGGAAAAGGGGUUACGAAGAGGUUAUUUCACCGAAUAUUUACAACAUGAAACUCUGGGAAAAAUCCAAAGAUGCUGCAAGCUAUAAGGAAAAUAUGUUUACAUUUGAUAUUGAUAAACAAGAAUUUGGGCUCAAAUCUAUCAAUGGCCCUGGUCACUGCUUGAUGUUCGAACACAGAGUUCGGUCCUAUAGAGAAUUACCCAUUAGACUUGCUGAGUUUGGAGUGUUACAUCGAAAUGAGGCAAGUGAAGCUCUUAGUGGUUUGAACCAUACCCGACGGUUCCAGCAGGAUGAUGCACACAUAUUCUGUACAAAGGAACAGAUUAAAAAGGAAGUCAAAGAUGUAUUGGAUUUUGUUGACUAUGUUUACACAAAAUUUGGCUUUACCUAUGAGCUAAAGCUCUUAACGAGGCCAGAGGAAAACACUAGAGAUUUGCAAAGAUGGGAGGAAGCUGAAAAUAAUCUUGUAGAAGCACUACAAGAAUUUGGAAAGCCAUUCAUUGUGAACAGAGGAGAGGGUGCAUUGUGUGGCCCAAAGAUAGACAUAACAUUGUCUGAUGCAAUGAAAAGGAAGUUCCAGUGUGCUAGUAUACAGAUCGAUUUUCAACUACCUGAUCACUUCAAACUUCGGUACUCACCCUCAGAUGAGGAAAAAAAGGAAAAUGUUAUGAUACAUAGUAAGGUGUUGGGAUCUGAGGAUAAGGAUAAAGGGGUGAGACCUGUUAUGAUACAUAGAACGGUGUUGGGAUCUUUUGAGCGUAUGCUUGCCAUAUUGUUAGACCAUUACAAAGGAAAAUGGCCUUUCUGGAUUAGUCCAAGGCAGGUCAUAGUUUGCUCUUCAUCAAACAAUGAGAAUCAUCGUUCCUACGCAGAAGAGGUGACAAGACAGAUUCAUAAAGCUGGGUACCAUGUUGAUGUUGACACAACAGACAGAAACAUCAGCGAGAAGGUGGGAGAAGCUGAGAACGCGCAGUACAACUACAUUCUAGUUGUGGGUGAUGAAGAAGUUGCGACGAGACAGGUGACUGCUCUGCUCAGAGACUCAAGCUGUUCAGACCGUUCAAAAGUUCCAAUGAUGAGCGUUGACGCUCUGCUCGAUGUGUUCAAGCUCAGGAUUGUCAAAUUUCUUUGA